AUGGGUGCAUGUUGCAGUUGUUUAGGUAAUUCAAGUGGAGAUGGGAGUCAGAAUCAAUUAUUAUUAGCAGAAAACGAAAGAGAAGCAAUUUCUGCAUUAUUACAAUAUUUGGAAAAUAGAUCAGAUGUAGAUUUUUUCAGUAAUGGACCAUUGAGAGCUUUAAGUACUUUAGUUUAUUCAGAAAAUAUCGAUUUACAAAGAAGUGCAGCAUUAGCAUUUGCGGAAAUUACAGAAAAAGAUGUUAGAGAAGUUAAUAGAGAUGUAUUAGAACCAAUUUUAAUUUUAUUACAAUCUACAGAUUCAGAAGUUCAAAGAGCUGCUUGUGGAGCAUUAGGGAAUUUAGCAGUCAAUACGGAAAACAAAAUAUUAAUUGUUGAAAUGGGAGGUUUAGAGCCAUUAAUUAGACAAAUGAUGUCAACAAAUAUUGAAGUACAAUGUAAUGCAGUUGGUUGUAUAACAAAUUUAGCUACACAAGAUGAUAAUAAAUCUAAAAUUGCCAAAAGUGGUGCAUUAAUUCCAUUAACAAAAUUAGCAAAACUGAAAGAUAUAAGAGUACAGAGAAAUGCAACUGGUGCUUUAUUGAAUAUGACACAUCUGGGAGAAAAUAGACAUGAAUUAGUAAAUGCAGGAGCCGUACCCGUAUUGGUAUCAUUAUUAUCAAAUGAUGAUGCUGAUGUUCAAUAUUAUUGUACUACUGCAUUAUCAAAUAUAGCAGUAGAUGAAUCAAAUAGAAAAAAAUUAGCAAACACGGAACCAAAAUUAGUAAGACAAUUGGUAAAUUUAAUGGAUAGUCCUUCACCAAGAGUACAAUGUCAAGCUACUUUAGCAUUAAGAAAUUUAGCAUCAGAUAGUGGAUAUCAAGUUGAAAUUGUAAGAGCUGGUGGAUUACCUCAUUUAGUUCAAUUAUUAACUUGUAAUCAUCAACCAUUAAUAUUAGCAGCAGUGGCAUGUAUAAGAAAUAUUUCAAUACAUCCAUUAAAUGAAGCAUUAAUUAUUGAAGCAGGAUUUUUAAAACCAUUAGUUGAUUUAUUAGAUUAUACAGACUCAGAAGAAAUUCAAUGUCAUGCAGUUUCAACAUUAAGAAAUUUAGCAGCAUCAAGUGAAAAAAAUAGAACUGCAUUAUUAGCAGCAGGAGCAGUUGAUAAAUGUAAAGAAUUAGUUUUAAAAGUUCCAUUAUCAGUACAAUCAGAAAUUUCAGCAUGUUUUGCAAUCUUGGCAUUAGCAGAUGAUUUAAAACCAAAAUUAUAUGAAUCUCAUAUUAUAGAUGUAUUAAUACCAUUAACUUUUUCAGAGAAUGGUGAAGUUUGUGGGAAUUCAGCAGCUGCAUUAGCUAACUUAUGUUCAAGAGUGUCAAAUGAUCACAAGCAAUAUAUUUUAAAUAAUUGGCAACAACCAAAUGAAGGAAUACAUGGAUUCUUAAUAAGAUUUUUGGAACUGGGUAGUGCAACUUUUGAACAUAUAGCAUUGUGGACAAUUUUACAAUUAUUAGAAUCGAAUAGUAUUGAAUUUAAUACAUUUAUAAAAGAAGAUGAAGCUAUUUUAACGGGAAUUAAAAAAAUGAGUAAUUCUCAACAACAAAUUCAAACUCAAUCAAGCAAUAAUUCUGAUGAAUAUGAAGAUCCAAAAGUUGAAUUAUAUAAUUUAACUCAACAAAUUUUACAAAUUUUAGGGUGA